CGGCCUGAGGGGGCAGCACCGAGCCUCCAGCCCGGAGGACUGACUGGAGUUAAAGCCCCAGAAGCAGCCGCUCUCCCCACGUGUGAACAUGCCUUCUGCAGGAGGAAAGAUAAACAGACCGAAAACUGAGCUGUCGAGGAACCUGUUCAAGCGUCGGCGUGUCCUGAGCAGAGAGAAGAGGAAGAGGCAUCUGAUCGUCGGGGCUGUCGUGGAUCAGGGACUCAUCACCGUGCAUCACCUGAAGAAGAGGAAGUCGAGUGCGCGGGCGAACAUCACGCUGUCGGGAAAGAAGAGGAGGAAGCUGAUCAAGCAGCUGCAGCACAUGCAGAACGAGAAGAGCAGCAUGGAGGCUGAGACAACAGCAGCACCACAGAAGAAGAACACUCAGGAGACUGCUCCGAGCAAGAAGAAGAAUAAGAACCAGGAGAAGAAAUCAGCAGGAGCUCAGGGAGACGUGGAGAUGGCUGACAUGGAGUAAAGAGAGCAGAAAUGGACUGAGAUGAGACGUUGGAGAGUCUGAGGCAGAGGCUCGGAUCAGGGGCAGAGGCUCGGAUCAGGGGCAGAGGCUCGGAUCAGGGGCAGAGGCUCGGAUCAGGGGUAUUGGUGUGGAUAGUUGUGGCUGUGUUGAGUUAUUGUUUGUCAAAGAUCCUUAAAAUGUUUGUUUUAAUAAACCUUCUCUUUAAUAAUCCA